AUGACUGAUGAUCGUGACGCGACUUUCACCGUCAUGAUCCCUGUAUGGCCCGACGUUGAAGACCGAAGAAUUAUCGCCGCAACCGCUCGCGUAGUCCACUACAUUGUCUGGUUGAUUUUCAUGGUCCGGGUCCUCGUCCUCUACAUGUUAAUUAUCACCAGCACCAUUACUAUCGCGCACCAGUUCAAGCAUCUGUGCAAAUAUUUUGAAGACCUGAACGAUAUAUUUGAAGGCAGUGGCAGUCAGGAGGAAAAGGAGAGGAAAUAUGAAAAUGCUUUUAAACUUGGGGUUAAAAUGCAUACUAUCUCGCUAUGGUGCACGCGGCAGAUACAGCUGACGGGCGGCGUGGCGUUCAGCGGUCAGGUGAUCAUCAACGUCUGCACACUCGGCCUGCUCAUGCUUCAGACGAUGUCCACGGAGCGGACGCUUGCCGCCAUGAUGCCGAUCAUCUUCAUGGCGAUGGCAAUCCUGAUCGGCACUGGACUGUUCUUAUGGAACGCUGGAGACGUCAACAUCGAGGCGACUCUUCUGCCAGCAGCCAUGUUCCACUCGGGCUGGUACAACUGCACCAGACAUUCCUCGGUGCGUGUGCGCAAGCUGGUCACCAUCGCCAUCGCGCAAGCACAGAAACCAGUACUGAUAAAAGGGCUCGGAUUGAUUGAACUGUCAUAUGAAUCUUACGUUGCGAUUGUUAAGUCAUCGUACUCUCUGUUUUCAGUGAUAUACUAGAAAUUACGAAUCGUAAAAAAGGGGGAGGCCUAUGUUCAGCAGUGGACGUCUUAUGGCUGAGAUGAUGAUGAUGAUGACUAGAAAUUAAACUAAUACCUUCAGAAAUACAAUCGUUCCACUACAGCUGCAUUUGUUCAACUUUUGAGCCAGUAAUUUGCAUAACUUUAAAACUCACCUAACUGCAACUUGAAGCAAUCUACACCACACAGUUAAUUUAUUUCAUGUUUAUUUACUAGCUACAGAGUAGCAUUAUGAGUAGCGAAACUAAUAAAAUGAGUAGAUACUAAUAAAACCUUUUUUUAAGUAGGUAAGGAUAAAAUUUAAACUUUGGAAAAUACCUACUCACCUGCUAUACCUAUAAUUCAAUAAUAAAAUUUAAUAAAUAAUAAUUUGUUAACCGAGGAACGAAAGUCACUCAUUUCGGUCGAUGUAUUAGUUGUAUUGUAGUAUGUAAGGGGGAGGCCUAUGUUAAGGGGGAGGCCUAUG